AUGGAGGGAACGGCAGCUUUUCAUGAGCACAAGUAUGCAGCGGCUGUGGUUGGGCGGCUCCUGCACCCGCUGAGCAGCGCUUCAGCCGCUGGGCGUCAACAGCGUCAUGAACGAGACACUUUUCACGAGGCUUGCGCGUCAGAGGAGCUGCUGUCCGAGCUUGGCGCGCGGCUUGGUGACUGGAUCUUAGUAGUGUCGCCACGGCCAAACUCCUUCGCUUCACACGAUCCCUGUUGGCUUCGGCUGGUGGCCUCGUCAGAAGUUCUUGUUUGUCCGCCUCCGCCCUGGCGGAAACGAAGGGAUCUACCGUUGAUACACUUGCCAGCACAGAUCAUUGAACUCUUGGGUUCGACACCAGGUCGUACUGAAGUGUCUGUCGCGUUUCGAGAAGCCUUGGCGCCCACAGAGUGUUCUCGACUGGUGGUCUCUUCCGUGCCGUCCUUCUUGGGCCAGGAAACUGCCAUGAUGCGUUUUCGCAGCGAAGCUGCCUUGCGAAGCUUCUUUCAUGUGCCUCGGGUACUGAAGCGAGGCGAGGUCUUCAGUGUUCCCGCUGAUGGCUUGCCAGAUGUUCUCUGCGAAGUGGAAGUUCCGGCAGAUCCGACCAAAAGGCCCAGGCCGCAGCGCAUGCCUCCCGGCGAGGAGGGCGACGAUGUGUACGAGAUGGCGGCUUGUUCUGGUCGAUCCAGAAGGUUCUUGAUAGACCCCUUGCAUGGCACCGCGUUUUGCGACCUUGUCAGCUUCAAGGUGGAGGUUGUCGAAGGCGGAGAAAGUCAGAGCACAACUGUCCGGGUCGACAGCCGGUCUGCUCAGAUCUUGCUGAAAGGGCAAAGUCAGGCACGUGGCCUGCCAUACUGCCGCUGUCAUUUGUUUUGCCAGGCCCCGCCCCAGCCCCUGCCAUCACUGCAAGGCCCAGCGGAACGUUUGCUUGGGAUGCUGGCACCGUGCGUGCGUGGAUGGGAGCUCGGUGCCAGCUCAGACAUGCCAUCGGUUCUGGUUUCUGGACCACGUGGAUGCGGCAAACGGGUCCUCUGGCACAGCGUGUGUGAACGGCUUGGAUUACACUUAUUCGAGAUGAAUUGCACUGCUCUGGCAGCAGAGGGUCUGGGCUCACUCGAGGCCAGGCUUUCAGAAGCUUUGGCUCAGGCGGCGGGGGUGUCGCCGUGCGUUUUGUGCUUGCGCAGGUUGCACGCCCUGUCUAGCUCGGGGGCGACAAUGUCUCCUGCUGCGACCUUGCUUCAGCAGCGUCGCAUUGAAGAUUUCCUGCAAAGUGCCCUGCAAAAGGCUCGCACAAGUCCUGCGCUGGGCGGUAAAAGUCCGUUGGUGCUGCUGGCUGGGUCUUGUGAGAGCUUGGAUGAUCUCGGGGGACCCAUUCGGCAGAGCUUCAGUCAAGAGCUGGCCGUGCCUCGGCCAAACGAGGUGGCACGCAAGUUUGCCAUUUCGGAGUUGCUGAAGCGAGUGGAUACCACACCAAGCGCCGUUGCGGUCAUGAAUGGAAUGUCUGAUUCCAGCGAGAAAAACACCGAACCAACGGUCAUCGCAGCUAUGACAAAGCUGACAGCCGGCUUGUCUUACAGUGAUUUGCGGUCCGUAUGUGCCGAGUUGGCGAUGAAGAAGUCAACCCUGAGCAGCCUCGAAGCAACGGCGACGGCCAGCUCUGAGGUCCAACAAGCUGUGGAGCAGGCGGUUAAGCGGCUGCAAGGAGGCUCAAAGGUUGCAGUGACUCUGGCUUCCAAGAUACAGUGGGCCGAUGUUGGUGGUUUGCAAGAUGCAAAGGAGGAGAUCAUGAAUUGCAUCACACUGCCGCUGUCGCAGGGACAAAUGUUCGAAGGUCAGAAGGUUCGAAGCGGUGUUCUGCUUUUCGGACCUCCAGGUACUGGCAAGACCUUGCUGGCAAAGGCAGUUGCAACGGAGUGCAAGGUUCACUUCUUGUCUGUCAAGGGGCCCGAACUACUGUCCAUGUACAUUGGUGAAAGUGAGAAGAAUGUCAGAUCCUUGUUUCAAAGUGCAAGAGACUUGGCGCCUUGCGUCUUGUUCUUCGACGAGCUCGACUCUUUGGCUCCUGCACGUGGUCGUGGAAGCGAUUCUGGUGGAGUCAUGGACCGGGUGGUGUCGCAGUUAGUGACGGAGCUAGAUACCAUGCCGUCCACAGUCUUCAUGGUCGGAGCUACCAACAGACCGGACUUGCUAGAUCGGUCGCUGUUGCGUCCGGGACGUUUGGACCGGAUGGUGUACCUAGGUGUCGCAGCUGACAAACUCCCCCUUCUCUCUGCCAUCACACGGAAGUUUGUGCUGGAAGCAGCCCCUGCGAACGGGGCUAAACGUGCGUCGAAUCUCCUUGCAGCAGUUGCGGAGGCUUGCCCUCCAAACCUCACAGGCGCAGAUGUUUCUGUCUUAUGUGCCGAUGCGUACGGAAUCGCACAGCGUGAGCACAUCUCCAAGCUCCACGAAGCUGCUGAUUUGCUGCAGACUCCGAUCAGCACCUUCUUGCUUUUUCUGGAUGCAUUGGAGCUUCAUCUCACCAGUGCUUUGCCCGGCCUUCGCACUUACGACGCCUUUUGGAAGCUGAGCGCAUCGCAUGGGAUCGCGCUGGUGCAGCUGUUCCCGGCUGUGUCAGACGAGGCAGAGCCCCAACGUGCAUCGGCCUUGCAGUUGUACAGUGCAGAGGCUCAGGAAUCUUUCGUUAUUGCGCAUGUCUCUGGCAGCCCUGGACCUGGACGAGGUUUCGCCAUUGCCUGCUGCUCCGAAGAAAAUUUCGACGACCUGUCUCGCCGAUGGCUCUCCCACGCUCGUCCGCAGGGAAGCGAUGCCUCAACAUUGAAGCUGUUGUCUGGUUUCGACUUGCUGCAUCCGCUGCAAGUCCGGGUGGGAUUAAGGCACUUCCAGCAGGCGCUUUCCAACCUGCAACCUUCCGUGCCCUUGGAGGACCUGCAACGCUACGAGCAGCUGCGGGCAGAGCCGAGUUCGAAGCCCGGCGAAGUCGUCGAUAAUGAGCUUCUAGAAGCAGAGGCGACCGAGGCGAAAGCUCGGAGAUUCGCAGGGCUUACCUGGGACGUCGGUGGCGUUCCUCCUCCAGACUUUGUUAUUGAACCGGACGAGUCGGGCGCGCUCUGUCGUGCACAGCUGUCUGUGUUCAGCAAAGGCAUCAAGGAGUAUGAGUACCUGAAGGAGGCCCGGCUCUACGCUCCAUGGCGCAGCAGCGUGCUCGAAGCACGAAAGGAUGGAUGCGAGCUCAGGCGUGCAGCCUUUCGCUUCGCUAGAUCAGACCCGCUGCUCUCGGAGGUUCGACGGAAAUGCUUCGAGCUGGAAAACAAGCAGUGGAACUUGGCAGAGCUGGCUUCCGACAGGGAUUGCGAGGAAGGAACCGAGAGGCAGCUUCCGGAAUUCAACGUCGGAAUCUUUGUCAAAAAGGAGUUCCAAACAGCUGCGGAGUGGUUUCACGAGAAGGACAAGAAACAGCUGGAUGAAGCUUUUCCGCCAGUUGGUCCAAACUGGGUGAAGACGCAGAUGGGAACACCCAUCCCGCAGCUGCCUGGCGUUUGGUACAUGCACGAGCGCCAGAACCAGGAGGGCAAGCACCAGCCUUGGCUCUUCUUCAACGCAUCCCUCGGCCGGUAUUUUCGACAGCGAGGAGGCGAAGGUGGCAAGUGGGUCCAAACAGGAACGCCGCACCAUCCGGAGACUCAGCCAGUGCACAUCUCGAAUGGUUCGGCGUGCUUGCCAGCAGCAGGUGGUCGAAAAGACACCAUGGCAGUGCUGCUGCCCGAGCUCCAUCGAACCUGCCAUCUUCUCAAGCAGCCCCUCCUUUUCAUGGACCGGCCUGCGGCAAUGUUCCUACUGGUUGAUGGUCUUCGUGACUCUAGCGCCGCAGCAUUAUUCUGCGCGCAAAGAUUCCACACCUUCUUUCUGCCUCGGUUUAGCGCUCGUCAGGACGAGCCAGAAGAUUUCGAGUUGAUCGACAUGGUCCACCAGGCCAUUGAAGACUUGGACAAGUCCCUCUUAGAGAGCAAUGCGCGAUAUUCAGGCUGCGGUCUGGCAUUGCUCUUAGUCCUGGGGCAGCGGGUGCUGGUAGCCAACGUUGGAGGUUGUCGCGCAGUGAUGUGCACGCCGCCAAAGGGAGGCGAUUCUCAGCCGCCGCAACCAGAAGUUUGGAAUGCUCGCUUGCUUGUCGGUGGUAGUCGCUCUGGUGGCCGAGCACUGGCCGACGUAGAGAAAUUGGGGCGGCAUCGGCGACUCAAGGAGUAUGCGCCGCUGGACUUUGAGGGCAAGCCAGGGGAUAGCCUCUCUGCUUGCAGUGCAACAGCUGAAGAGCUGGAAAAGCUUCCCAGCGAACGUGAGCGAGCCAUACGACGAGCAGCGCGAGCUGCUCACCAUUUUGCGGCUCUGGGCUUGACAGCUGCAGAGGCAAUGACUGCGACCCCUGCCACUGUGCAGAAGGCCGUAGAGGAGUUUGAGAAAGUCGUAGGGGCACCGGAUGGAGAUCCUCUUUGCACUGCUGCCCUCGGCAGGGUAAAGGCUGCAGGCAAGGCAGUCGAAGCCAUGCUCAGUCUGGACUCCUUCGGGACCCAUCAGCUUGCAGAAGUUUGUUAUGUUAUGGAUGAUGAGGGUGGCAUAGUGUCGCAGAAGCGGGCAUCGACCAUCCUCGGGGUUGAGCCAGGGUGCGGAGAGGCCAUGGCCAACGCACAAGUGGAAACGCGCUACCGUGCGGUUCUGACAAACCUGGCCGCGGCUUCACCAGAGGGUGCCGACAGAGCCUGGGGCAUCAUGGGAGAGGUGGUGGAUGCUGCGGCCAGACCUGUGGCCCAGCUGUGGUCGCCUCCAUCAGAAAGUAGAGCCGUGAACACUGCUCGUGCUUUGGGCCUUCGGGACCUCAAGAGGCCGCGAAAACUCGUCGGCCUUGAAAUCGUUAGUGAGGUUAUCCAUGUGGAGGACGACAGCACAUGCUGCAUCAUGCUCCUGACAGAAGGGAUGUCGGAAGUUACCGAGGCUCAGAUUGCUGAGGCUGUCUCGGUGCACAAAGGCAAGCCAAAGGCAGCCUGUCUGCGUGUUGCUCAGGGUGCAUCGGCAUCCAAUAGGAAAAAAGAAAUGUCGACCGCAGAGCAGGCGAGAGCCGUCGGGGCAUUGGCAGCUUUUGUCGAUGUGAAUGACGACAUUCUCACCCAAGCAGCGGACCAGGCACAAGCCGCCAAGCGCCUGAAGACCGCAGAUGGGAGAAUCCUGCCAUCGGUAAAGCCACCGUCCAGGAUCCGAAUCGCGCACAUCCUUCUAAAGUGCCAGCCAGCUACUGGCAUUGCUCCAUCCGAUCCGCAGGCACGAAGACCUGCCCCAGCCGACCGGACACAGGCAGAUGCGGAAGCACAGCUCCUGAAGCUGUUGGAGGUCCUGCAUCAAGUCUACACCAGCGGUCCAGAAGCCGGUGCCAACAAGCGCCUGACGGCGAAGUUCGCAGAGCUCGCCAAGGAACAUUCUGACUGCAAGUCUGCGACAGCCGGAUCGUUGUCCGAUUUAGGAUGGAUCACGCAGGGCCAGCAGGGGAAGGAAUUCGAUGCGGCAGCAUUCGAGCUCCCAGUCGGCGGUCUCAGUGACAUCAUCGUCACUCAGCGCGGUGUCCAUGUGCUACACCGCCUCGCAUAA